AGACACCCACUUAUUGGUGAAUCAGCUGUACAUGGCGUAUUAUGACUCGACAGGGAGCAGUUUUAAUAGGUUUGUAUCAGGUAGCCUUUCUAUUGGUUGCCGCACCGUCUCAUACACCACCGUUACGUGUUGAACUUCCGUUACAGCCCAGGGCACACCAGUAACACGGACCCUAGGAACUACUAAAGUCACAUGCUUGUCAUUUUGUAUUCAGAACUUUAAAAAAUAGGAAUAUAACUUCUUCUGAAAGCUUUAAUAAAAGUAAUCCCGAUGGCAACGCUGUGGAUCGCUCUUCUCUCGGUUUUAGCGACCAUCGUGUGUGGACAAAACCAGGACUUUGACUUAUCUCAGUUUGAUUUUAGUGGAAUGAACUUUAACCCAAACCAGCCUCCCAGCAAUGGCCCCACUCAACCCCCAGCUGGGUUAGCGUUUUCAAAUCAGGCAUCGGGAAACAACCUGCCACAGCAGUCAAGGGGGCCUCCCCAGGGAAAUCCGCCGCCAAUGCAAAACCAGCCAAUGCUUAGCAACCCACAGCAACAGGGAGCACAAAUGGCUUUUCCAACACAAAAUCAGAAUCUCCCUCCUCAGAACCAAUUAACGCAAACGAAUAUGCAAUCUUCUCGGGUGAAUAGUCUUACCCCAGAGGAGAGCUGGUUAACAGUAGGGGGGUCUCAGAUGCAGAACCGGAACCCGGUAAUGAGUGGCUCCAUGGGUAACAACAUGCCUCUAAAUCCUAAUAGACAACCUGGUUUCCCAAAUCAAAAUGGAUUCAACCCAAAUGGUCAACAAGGUUUUUCUAACACAGGUCCAGUAGGGUCAGGUUUCAGCAAUCAGGGACAACGACUGCCUCCCAACCAGGGACCUGGUGGCGGUUUUGAUCAGUUUGGGACACAAGGAAAUGACAUGUUCACAUUCAACGUCAAUGCCAUGGGAGCAGGACCCAGUGAUUUUAGUGCUUUCAAUGCCAAUCCAUUCGAUGGCACUCCUUUUGGGAAUGGACUUAGCGUUAAUCCCAACCAAUUUGGCAACCCAAACAUCGGUAAUCCAAACUUCGGCAACCCUAACAUUGGAAAUCGCAACAUGAACAAUCGAGGCAGGCCGCAAGUCAGUAUUAUUGAUGCUGGCAAUCUUCCCCCGAGCGUCCGAAUGGCGAUGGAUAUGAACAGAAGGCCAAUGGGUGGAUUUAUGGGAUCUAUUCCCGGCGGCUUACCUGGUAUGGCGGGCUUCACAGGAUUCCAGCCGCCCGUAAUGACGUCACCAAUCCAACAACAGGGUCGGGGAGGAUUUGGAGGAUUUUUAAGCAGAAUUUUCGGUUGAGGGUCAUGCUUGGAGCAAGUUGAUCAAGAGAAUAUCUUCUACGUCAAUAUUUAUUUGAGAUGCUGCAAGGACUUUUCUAUACCGAAGAUACCAUUUCUUAAAUAGUGCUAAAUUGAUCAGCGGAAUGAGGAAUUCAAAUAUCAAAAUGUGUCACCGGAUGUUUGUCUCGAACUUCUUCAUGUUUUGUUUGUUUUUAAAUUCUUUUCCAGGGUAGGGAAUAUAAAAUGUUUUAUAAAAUAUUUGUUUACGCAAGAAUCAAGCAUAGGAAGGCCAUGCAUAAAUUUCUUUCAAUACUGGAAACAUAUUCUUGUGAAAUGUCGUACAAUUCCAAUCUAUUGUAUGCUGUUAUAAAAAAUAAAUUGUUGAUAUUCUUAUAAA